AUGCCGAAGAAAAGGAACCAUAUCAAGUCUUUCAAGCCAAAUUUAACGGCCUCUCCGGCUGCGUCAACGUCGACGAAUAACGCUGCAGACAAGCCCUCCCGAAGCGUCAAUGAAUUGCUAGCAAACUUGCGUCGUACCUCGAUUAGCCCCUCCGCUGCCUCUCAGUCAGCCCUGCCUACGAACGCUCCAAGUGUACCCCCGGCCAUCAGGGAAAUCCUCCAGAUCCCAGACACACCGGCCCCCGCUCCUCGUCGUGUUGUCCGUCACAGAUUCGAUGGCAAUGGUAGGAGACUCCCCGCUGGCCCUCCUCCACCCAGGAGUUGGCUCUCCCGCAGCUCUACGGAUGGCGCUGGUGAGGCCUCCUCCUUGAGCCAGUCGCGCUUGAAUCAAAGAGGAUUGGAAGAUACUAGUCUACCGGGAACGUAUCUCCCGGCGCGUGGAAGUCUGAUAGACAUCGUGCUGCAGAAACUCGCAUAUGACUGGGCUUUCCACCGAGUGUAUAAUCAGUACCAUCUGUACUUUGUGCCCAACCAUUUGAAGGCAGCUUUGAUCCGCUAUGUUGGAAUCGCUAGUGAGGAUGGGCUGUCGUUGAAUGAUCUCAAAGUUAUUCUACUGCCACCGCCAGAUACUUUUGAAGAUGAUGAGCUCAGUAGCUUAACGACUUCAAAUCUUGAGGUCAACUACCUUGAUCUUUCGGGCUCCGCGUGCCGGUCGAUCAAGCUAAAAGACAUCAGUGACAUGCUUUUCUCCGCCAGGGAUGAGGAACCAACGACAGAACUACAGGAAUCAUGGGAUGCCUCCGAGAGUAUUCCUAGCCCUCCCCGAACUUUGCUGCCCAACCUCACCCACCUCUCACUCGCCUUGCAUCCAAGCCACUCCUCGUCGGCAUCUUGGAAACAGCUUCUUUCCCUGUCUUCCAAACUUAGCACGCUCACACAUCUGAGCUUAGCAUACUGGCCCGAGCCGUGCUUGACACCACGGUCUCGGCUCGCUACUGUUUCUUCUCCACAGGGGCAUCGUUUUCCUUACGGCGGGACGAACCUCUACUCACACUCGCUUGAUCACGACUGGAGUGAGGCCUUGCUUGUCUUGCGCAUGCUGAGUAAGAAUCUCUACGCGCUCGAGUUUCUUGACGUCACGGGUUGUAGCCCUUGGUUUCAUGCGUUGAUGGCAGAAACUGGCCAUGACUUUGUCAACUGGGCCGAUCACUGGGGCAAGAUAACCGAGCUUCGGCUCUUCACAGGGUGGUCUCCCGGACCCGAAGCGCUUCCGUCUGAGAAAGCGAGCCAUGUCGAAGCUGUUCGGACGGCGAAGAAUGUCGAAAGACACAUUAGGAUGAUGAGAGCGGGCAAAGGAAGAUUUAUUGUUGUAGAGCGCGACAGCAUAGACGACAUUUAG